GGGGGGGGGGAAGGCGCAUGCGCCGCCCUGCUGAACGAAACCGAACCCAACACGACGACUACCUCCAGCCUCCAGAGGGAGGAGCUCCUCCGUCCGGGUCCUCCUCUGCGCAGGAGCGUGGGUGGGGAACUUUUCCGACGCUCCCCGAGCCCCGCCUCGCUCUCUCGCCAAGGGGGGCGCCGCGCCAGGCUCCGCCCCCUUGGCCCCUCCUCCUCCUCCUCCUCCUCCUCGGUGCGUGGCGCUCCUCCCUCCCCCUCCCGGGCCGGCCUGUCUGUCUGCGGCUCUUCGGCGGCUGAGGACUUUCUCCCCGCUCCCCGCCGCGGCGGCGGCGACGAUGCCUCAAGAUGGCGGAGGCGGCCGAGCUGAAGGAGUCAGAGCCUAGCUGCCUUUGCCCACCUCCAGACCCCGGAUUAUGCCUUUGUCCCUGCACAUGGUGAUGAGCUUUCGGGUCUCGGAGCUGCAGGUGCUGCUGGGGUUUGCGGGCCGGAACAAGAGCGGGCGCAAGCAUGAGCUGCUGACCAAGGCCCUCCAGCUGCUGAAGUCCGGCUGCAGCCCGGCCGUCCAGAUGAAGAUCAAGGAGCUCUACCGGCGGCGCUUCCCCCGCAAGAUCCUCACCCCCUCGGACCUCUCCAUGCUCCACCUCCAGGCGGGCCCACUGCCCUCGGCCACCGCCCUGACCCAGGGCGCCAUGUGCCACCUGCCCUACGACAACGCCGGCGUGGCCGCCUCCCCCGUCCCGGCCAGCCUGCUCCCCCCGGUGCCCCUGCUGGGGCCCAAGCACGAGGCGGACGUCCCGCACCUCUCGCCCCCCGUCCACCCGGUCCACCCGGACGUCAAGAUGCGGAGGCUGCCCUUCUACGACAUCUACGACGAACUCAUCAAGCCCACCACGCUAGCAUCCGUGAACAGCCAGCGGUUCGAAGAGGCUCAUUUCACUUUUGCCUUGACUCCUCAACAAGUGCAGCAAGUCCUCACCUCUCGGGAUAUCUUACCAGGUGCUAAAUGUGACUACAGUGUUCAGGUCCAGCUAAGGUUUUGUUUGUGCGAAACCAGUUGCCCACAAGAGGACUACUUUCCGCCUAACUUAUUUGUCAAAAUCAAUGGGAAACUCUGCCCCCUUCCGGGUUAUCUCCCGCCCACCAAAAACGGCGCAGAGCCCAAGCGGCCGAGCCGGCCCAUCAACAUCACUCCUUUGGUGCGGCUUUCGGCGACGGUCCCCAAUACAAUCGUCGUCAACUGGUCCUCCGAGUUUGGCAGGAAUUAUUCCUUAUCGGUUUACUUGGUGAAACAGCUGACAUCAGUGACGUUGCUGCAGAAACUGAGGGCCAAGGGUAUCCGGAACCCAGACCACUCACGAGCCCUGAUCAAAGAAAAGUUGACGGCCGAUCCCGACAGCGAGAUCGCCACGACAAGCUUGCGGGUCUCUCUGAUGUGUCCGCUGGGCAAGAUGAGGCUGAUCGUCCCCUGCCGGGCCUUCACCUGCACCCACCUCCAGUGCUUUGACGCGGCCCUCUACCUCCAGAUGAACGAGAAGAAGCCCACGUGGACCUGCCCCGUCUGUGACAAGAAGGCCCCCUACGAGGCCCUGAUCAUCGAUGGGUUGUUCAUGGAAAUCCUCAACUCGGUCACCGACUGUGACGAGAUCCAGUUCAUGGAGGACGGCUCGUGGUGCCCCAUGAAACCCAAGAAGGAAAACCAAGAGAUCUGCCCGACGUCGGCUUACGGUGGGCUUGAAGCUCCCCUCUACACGGUGAGUUCCGACGGGAAGCAGCUGGCCGAGAGCAAGAAGAAAGUGGAGGUCAUCGACCUCACGCUGGACAGCUCUUCGGACGACGAGGAGCCCCCGGCCAAGAAGCAGUGCCCCGUCACCACCGCCACCAUUCCCUCCGCCGCCGGACCCAAGGGGGUCCUAAGCGGAGACCACCAGCCCUCCUCCGUGCUGCGGAGCCCGCCCCUGGGGACCGUGGGGAGCGAUUACCUCUCCGGCCUGUCGCUCCCUGACUACCACCCUUCGUACCAGGUCCCCUCGGAUAUUCAAGGUCUGGAUUUGUUUUCCUUCCUUCAAAGUGAAAAUCAGCACUACAGCCCUUCGGUGAUCACCUCCCUGGAUGAGCAGGACACCCUCGGCCACUUCUUCCAGUACCGCGGGGGCAGCUCUCCGCACUUCAUGAACCCCCUGCCUCCCGUCGUGGUGGGCUCCCGCAGCGCCGUCGGCUCGCCCGCCGCCGCCGGCCGCCUGAACAGCGUCUCCUCCUCCUCCUCCCCCUCGGCUGCCUUGCGGGAGGGCCACACCCACACCGGCGCCGGGGGAGGCGGCCCCGCUUUGCCCGGGUGCCGGCCGGAUAUCAUCUCUCUCGACUAGACUGCGGCACACGGACGGGCGCCCGCUCGGCGGGAGGGGCGGUUCUUUUCCCCGCCCCACCGGAGAGAGACGAAGCCAGUCCUUUCGGAUCGGAUCGGAUCGGAGACCCGUCAGCAGCUCGUCAACAGGCGGCGGUCAGAGACAAGAAGGGGCCGGUCGUCUUACUGGACCAACUGAGACUGGUGUUCAGAAAGUGGAGGGGGGGAAGAGGCAAGCUUUCAGGUUUCACAGGUCUGUCCGGCAAAGGCGGGUGCCGGAUGAAGAGCUCUGUGGAACUCGAGAACAGACAAACCUGCCGACCCGCGUUUUGUUUUGUUUUGGUACCGCUUUUGUUACCUUGGCUUAUCCGUAAGCUUGGUUGAAGGGCUAGCCGGCAUUUAAAACACGAAUCCUUUGCAAACAUAACGCGGAUUCUGCCAGGCCCUGGCUGGGAAACGAGGGGCCCGCAUUUGGGGAUGUCACACUUUUUUAGCAUUAUAAUGUGCACUUACAGGCCCUUUGACUCCGCAAAGAAAGAAGUGAGAUACUAUAAAUAACAUUUGAAAUAUUAUUAUUAUUUUUAUUAUUAUUAUUAUUCUGAAUAUUCAUAGACUGCUUUUCAGUAAAGAAGUUCUCCAAGCAGUUUACCUUGAAAAAGAAAAACGCCCCCUUUCCCCAAAGGGCUCACCAUCUAGAAAACACCAGCAACAGCCGCUGGAGGGAAGUUGUGCUGGGGCUGGAGAAGGCUGGUUGCUCUCCGCCUGCUAAAUAGAAGGGACAUCACCACUUGGAAAGGCGCCUCUGUGCUCAGUCAGCAGGGUAGAGCCAGAAAUGGGCGUACGGAGUGGAUUUGUGGACCAGGGUUACGAGGAGCCGUGUGUCCUAACCACGGUUAGACAUGGUUGCAUCAAACCAUGUCCUAACCAUGGUUGCAUUGAUCUGCACGGCAUGCUAAAUUGCAAUAAACCGACAUCAGGAAGGGAGGAUUUUGCUUCCGACGGGGAUAGGAAGACUCUGUGUGUGUGUGUGUGUGUGUGUGUGUGUGUGUGUGUGUGUGUGUGUCCAUGAUGCUUGAACCAGGGUUUUCAGGAAGUCAGUAUUAUGUCUGUAUGGACCAAAGCAAGCUUUGUGCCUCUGCCUGCCGCUGCUCACUCUCUGCUGGCCCAAACACUGACUGAUCUCUCCUCUCUUACUAGGAAGUAGGAGAUGGAAAGAUGUGACCUGGAAGUGGGGGGCUGGACCGAUGGAGCUUCUUUUGCCGUUUCGCAAAGAAUCAAUUUCUCCCAAAUGUUGUCCCCAGAGCCCAGACAAGCUGCUGAGAUCUCUUUAGUCUCUGGCUCUUCGAACUGCGUAUAGUCUUGGGGAGUUGCUCUAGAGCAGGGGUAGCGGCAACCUGGGUCCUCCGGUUAUUGCUGGAUUACAACUCCCAUCAGCCCCAGCCCCAGUAAAUUGUGGCUGGGGCUGAUGGGAGUUGUAGUUCAGCGACAUCGUCAGGGGUGAAGCAAUGUUGGCUCCGUUUAUCAGCCAGACAAAAUAUUUUACUCGCCGAGCUGUGUUGCUAUGUUACUCAUCAGGACUUUUUUCACUCGCCAGGCAUCGUUUUUCACUUGUCACAGACUAGUAGACUAGUGGAUUUCUGCAGCCUGGAACAUCGGGAAGCCCCCAGGGUGGGUAGAGCAAAUAGCACGGGUGCGUGUCACUCUCCAGAGCUUUGGGCUGUGAAUGAGAGCGUGGGCCCUACGCUCUGGGAGACCUGUCCUGUCGCAGGCAGCGCUGCUUGUGAAUCUGGACCUGCUUUCUUGCACUCUGCACAGCUGCGUGAGAAGCUCUGGGGCCGGCCAGCCCGCCCUAAAUUUGCCUGACCUUUUUUCCGUUCCGAUCUGCCCAUCCCUUUGCUUGGGCGUUGCAAGAAUCUUUUUAAAACUGCAGAUCUACGUUGGUUUCCCGCCCCCUUCUCUUAACCUAUUUCCUACUAACCUUGUACAGAGAACAGGAGAGAGAGAGAGAGAGAGAUAUCUAUCUAUAAAUAUAUAAAUUAUAUCCUAUAUUUUCAUUUUUUUGUACAUAGGGAACUCCAAAGACCUUUCUGGGUUGGGUUGGGUUUUCUUGCUUGCUCUUCUUCGCGAGGACUAAAUGAAGGUUGCGCCACCUUCUCCGCACGAGUGGCUGGGAGGAGAGGGCGGUGCAUCGUCCAUUGCACAACCUGUUUAUGUAUUUAAGUGUGCAAUCUUUGUGUGUAUGUGCUUAAGUUUGCAGCGGCUUCGUCUCCCUUCGUCUUCUGCCCACCCAGGGGCUGGCUCCAUUUCCAAGGUAUUCGGCGCAUUGGGAUCUCUUGCAGUUUCCUGAGAGACUGCUGCACAUUGUUGGUACUAAUAAACUCUUAAAAGUUGAGCAUUUUGACAAUCCUGUUGAUUCCAGUAGGAAAAAACAUGCGUUUGCUUGCAUUUCCCCGAUGUUUGGAAUAACAGGAUCAAUUUGGGAUCUUGCCCCAGAAUUUGAGAACCGGAUUACUAUAUUUACCUGAGCACAAGAUGACUGUGAAUUUAAGAUGAGUCCCUUAAAAAAACAUAGAGGUUGAAUACAGAUUUUACCCUAAUUUACCCAAAAGGCUCUAAAUUCAAGACGGACCCCCCCCCCAUUUCUGACUAGAAAAACCUGGUCCUGGAUUCAGGUAAAUACAGUAUGUAAAAAAUCAGAGUGGUUAAACACCUUUGAUAUAUUUCAAAAGCACUUUUUAAAUGCUUUAAAUUAAAAAAAAGCUUUCCGCUGUUGAGAAGCUUUAAAGCCCCGUCUGUUUUAGAGGGGCUUGGUAGCGACAAACACUCAAGUUUCUAGUCCUGUGGGGGGAAACAUUUGAACACAACGGCAGUGUCUUGAGCCUGCCAAAAAAAAAAAGGCUGAGCAGGAGCUUUUGAGCCUUGGAACAAUCUUCCCAAUCGCCACCUGGUCACUCUUCUGUCUGUUUCUCUGGGCAUCCUUUGGGCAAAACGUUCCAGGUGUAUGAAACAUGUCGGUUUGUAUUAACGGAUCUCAUUGUGAUUCCAGUGUGGGGGGAAUUCAAGCAUUAUGCAUAUUUUGUUCAAAGAUGGAAGCAACAUUCAGCCGGUAGAGUGGUCACUACCAUCUGGAGAGACGCAUGCUCCUUGCGGUUUUUGAAAAGGUCCCCAUCCCUCGGGGCCUUUUCUGCAGUGGCCCUGUGGAAGGCACCAGUGUUCCCUCUUAACAGGGAUUCCCAAAUGCUGUUGACUACAACUCCCAGAAUCCCCAGCUGCAGUGGCCAUUGGCUGGGGAUUCUGGGAGUUGAAGUCAACAACAUCUGGGAAUCCGUUGGAGGGAACAUCGGACAUUGUUCCCAGCAGAAAUGCAGGGUUUGGGGGUUGUUGGUGGCUUCUGUGAGAGCCCUUUGGUUUGGUCUGGCCUUCCAAGGCUUUUCAGUCUUUCUCGAACCUUUUUAAAUGGCCGUAAAAGGUUUUUCAAUAUGUUUUGCUUGUUUUAAAUGGUAGUUGGUUUUUUUGUUGGUUUCCUUGUUGUCCUUGGAGAGGGCAGUAUAAAAAUGUAAUGAAUAGACAGAUAAGGAUGAUGCUGUCCUCCAAAGGUCACUCCAGCGAGAGAGUACACCCAUUUCUUUGUUGUGACCCUAACCCAGACCCUUUGUUCUGUGCAAAACUGGCUGCAAUGUUACCCAAAUCGAGUGGUUCCCAACCAGGGUCCCUCCAGAUGUGGCUGAACUACGGCUCCCAUCAGCCCCAGCUACAAUUUAUUGUGGCUGGGGAUGCUGGGACUUGUAGUUUAGCGACAUCUGGAGGGACCUUGGUUGGGGACCACGCCCCUAAUACGAAUAUGACGACUAUUUAUAUACCGCUUUUCAACCAAAGUUCUCAAAGAUAGAAAUAAAUAUUGAGAAAGAUGGCUCCCUGUCCCCAAAGGGCUCGCGAUCUCGAAAAGGAAACGGAAGGCAGACACCAGCAACAGCCCCUGGAGGGAUGCUGUGCUGGAGACGGAGAGGGCCAAUUGCUCUCCCGCUGCUACAUACAAGAGAAUUGCCACUUUUAAAAGGGGCUCAGUUAGCUGGGGACUGCUAAUCAUUUCAGGGCGGGGAGAAAGAAGGGGUGGGAACGUACCGAAAGCGGCAAGUCUAACGAUACUAUUGCCCGUUUCCUGUCUUGAGUGGGGUGGAUAUUGCCAAAAAUCACCAUCGGGCAUUCUUCCCGAGAAUGGCCGAGAUUUGUGGGCCUGCCUCAUGGGGACCCACAUAGGGAGCCCAUCCCCAUUUGGGAAUGUGGGGAAUCUGCAAGGGGGUGACACACACACACACCAGCCCCACUGUGUUUAUGCAGCAGCUGUUGACCAAGGACUGAAGGGCAAAUUGUGCAGACGCUGGGACAUUUUGUCGUUCCGAAAUAUGCAUUUUGCGCCGAGAGGCUCGGGCGAGGCCUUCGGGUAUUUCUGGGCACCCCACUGCCUGCCCCUUAGAGAUCUGUAUUUAUAUUUUUUGUAAUUAAGACCACCUUUCUUGCUAAUCUGUAAAUCUUCUCUGUAUUCCUUCUCUUGGGUUUAUUUAUUCUGUCUGUCAAAACCCCUGGCUUGUUUUAUCUACUGGGAGCCUAUUGUGUAUAUGCAAAGUAUCUUUUAGAUAAAAUAAACAUCUUGGCAAAAAACCAGCA